AUGUCGCCACCCGGGUCCGGGCCCCGCGGGGCGGCCGCCGCGGGCCGUCGGGGCUGCGGGCUGCUCGCGCUGCUGCUGCUGCUGCUGCUGCCGCCCGCGCCGGGCGCCGCCUCGGAGAUCACCUUCGAGCUGCCCGACAACGCCAAGCAGUGCUUCUACGAGGACAUCACGCAGGGCACCAAGUGCACCCUCGAGUUCCAGGUUAUUACUGGUGGUCACUAUGAUGUAGAUUGUCGAUUAGAAGAUCCUGAUGGUAAUGUGUUAUACAAAGAGAUGAAGAAGCAAUAUGAUAGUUUUACCUUCACAGCCUCCAAAAAUGGGACAUUCAAAUUUUGCUUCAGUAAUGAAUUUUCUACUUUCACACAUAAAACUGUAUAUUUUGAUUUUCAAGUUGGAGAAGACCCACCUUUGUUUCCUAGUGAAAACCGAGUCAGUGCUCUUACCCAGAUGGAAUCUGCCUGUGUUUCAAUUCACGAAGCUCUGAAAUCUGUCAUCGACUAUCAGACUCAUUUCCGUUUGAGAGAAGCUCAAGGCCGAAGUCGAGCAGAGGAUCUAAAUACAAGAGUGGCCUAUUGGUCAGUCGGAGAAGCCCUCAUUCUUCUGGUGGUUAGCAUAGGGCAGGUAUUUCUUCUGAAAAGCUUUUUCUCAGAUAAAAGAACCACCACAACGCGUGUUGGAUCAUAACUGCAUUUUGAGAAUUGAUCGCCAUGGCCACUGUAAUAUUGCUGUCCUCUAAUUUUAGGUACCGAAGAACUUAAUAUUGGCAACAUUUUUAAAAUCUUACUCACACACUUGUUGGGGGGGAAGGGAGGAUAUACACUGCAUAUCCCCAAACUGUGGAAAGGACAUCUUUUUUAUUUGUAAAGGUAGAAAAACUUUGGAGCUUAUUUUGGGCUAUCCAUGUUAAAUAUUCAACACCAAUGAUCUCCUCUUUUCUUAGUUGUUUAUAUCUACUCUUCGCACACUAAACUUUGGUAUUUUGAUUCCUUUUAACCAUUUUAAAGUACUUUUGUUAUAGGUAGUGGAUAUUUUAAAAACCUUUGAUUUAAUGUUAUAAGUGUUGUGGAGGAAGAAAAUUGCCUUUUCAUUGUUUAUAGUAAAUAAAACUUUGUUUUUAAGAAAAUCAAAUGUGAUUAACUGUAGCUUCAGCCCUAUUCUGCACUCUUUAAUUUUAUGGAGGCGGGGUGGGGUGGGGAGUGAGAAUCUACCAUAGAAAUGUUAGUUAAUAUUGAUAUAUAAUUUUAAAUUGGUACAUCAUGGAUAUAAUUUAUUUCUCACUAGCUUGGAAAAUGUCAGGUUUUUGAGUUUUGGGUUCUAUGAUUUAUAAUAAAAUUUUUUCUUCAUAAAGGACAGUCUCAUCACACAGAAAAUACUAUAUUUCAAUAAUGAAAAAAAGAUUUACACAGGCCUUGAAAAUCAGACUGUUGUAACAGGUAGCAUAAUUACAGAAUAAUUUAAGGCACUAAAAUUGGGGGCAAAUGAAAUGGAAUAAUUAUGAGUGAGUUGUUUUGUACACAUUACCGUUUCCAGUGCUUUUGCAAAGGAAGAUGGUCAACUGUUUCACUUUAACAUUUGAAUCGACUUUUUUGCCCUUCCGUGGGUUUAAUGUCUGUUAGUCAUUACCAGCUUGAAUUGACAGUUGUCAUAUUAGUAUCAUAAAAGUGCCAUGCUUUUCAUCCUGACCCAUGUGAAGGAUGUACUGAGAAGUUAGUGGUGGUUUUGUUGUUGUUGUUGUUUGUUUUUGGUGGUGGGGAGAUGGGAGUUGUUUUCUUUUCAGUGUUUUGUCUUGCACAUGUCAUUUGUACUCUCUCUGGUUAGCAGCCUUAAAAUGAUUUAAAAGUUUAGAAUGCUGUAUGUUGUUUCCUAUUUGAUAAUCUCCAUUGAUUGAACUAUAUUAAAUGAAUAUUAAACAGUGCACGUUCUGUAUACUGUAGGGUUUAGGCUGUGUUUGUAUUUUGUUGCUGAUACAGAUUGAGCUGACUGAAAUAAGAUUUUGUUGCAACUAUUCUAGAAUAGAAUAUAAAUGAUGCAAAAUUGUAAAGGUAUUUAAAGCUUUUCCAUUGUUUAGAAAAAAUACAACUGCUUUUUGCCAUGCCUUUCUUCCCCACCCAAAAGUGAUGAGUGCUGCAUCAGACUGUCAUAUUGUAGAGACAUUGACAUGUGGUACCACAGAAUACUGAUUGGAUAGCAAUUCUAGUCACUUACCACUACUGACCAGAAGUUAAUUCUUAAUUCUAAGCUGUCUUUAAAGUGCAUAUAUACACUGCUGCAUGUAAGAGCAAAAUGAAUUCAAGUUGUAAUGCUUGCUGAUUUCAGUGCUACAGUCUAGCAUGGGAUGAAAAUGUUUUCAGCCCUUUAAUUCUAAAAUUUUUGAAGACCAAAUAGCUACUUCUUAAUAUUUGUUAAAAGAUUGAGAACUGAAGUUUAAGAUUUUGCAGAGCCAUCUGUUUGAGUUCUUGUAUUGGAAUUGUCCUGCAGUUUUGUACGUGUCCCUUUAUAUUUUAAUUUGAAAAUUUUAAACAUUAAUGUUAACAUGAUUGAUAAGCAUGGACGUAUGUAAAAUCUUCUUUCUGGUUGACUGUCUGCUCUGUUGUGUUCAGAUACUUACUCUAUAAUUAAGCAGAUUCAGAUAUCAUCAGUUGCCAUGUUUGGCAUAGAUAACACAAUGACUUAAUUUCUGCCUAGCAAAACUGCAAUUAGACUAUACCAUAAAUAACUUUUGACCGAAGCUAAGCUAUUGAAACAUAUUAAAACUUUUGAAGUUGCCAGUGUUACCUGUUGUAGACAAUAGUACAGACUUAAUCUGGUCCAUAUGUAACAGGUUUUUAAGUUUGAUGGACUUAACUGGAUAUGUGUAUAUAAAUUAGAAAAUACAUUAUCUAUCCAGAUGUAAAUGUUAAAUAUGAACAUUUUUUUCUCUUCCUCCUGCUAUAUAAUUUAUGGCUCAUCUGUUUUCUUUAAUCCUUUCAUAACUUGUUGCAACAGUUUGAAUUUCCCAAGUGUUGAUGUUUAGACAUACAGCUCAGUGCACAUAUUUAAACAUCAUUAGCUGUAUGUAUUUUUAAAGUAGAAUAAUGGAAAGAAACUUGAUAUACAGGUUUAUACUAAAAUUUCAACUGUGUGAAGAUACAUUUUAAGAUGUUACUUUGUUAAUAAUCUAAACAUUCUUUUUCUAUUAAAGAAACAAAUGAUUUGUGGUUCACAACUUUCUUCCCCCGCUUGAUAAAUAACUUUGAAAAUACAGUGGACUGAAAAGUAAUUUUUUUUCUUUAAAAGAUUUCAUUUAAAUGUCUGUGCUAUCCAUUUUUGCUUCAGUUUGUAAAUGUGUAACAUUUAUAAUUAAAUAGGACAAAAAGGCCCUAUGACUAUUGUUUUCAAAAAUUAAAGAAAUUAAUAUACAUUCAAAGGGGAUUUUCAUUUACUUUUUUUAAAAAUAGAAAUUUCUCUAAAGUAAACAGAUGUUGGUUCUGCAGGAUUGCAUCAGCUAAUUCUUGUCGAAUUAAAAAAUCAACAAACUGACUUUACUUGUUUCUGUCAGGAUUUACAUCUUUUUCAAGUUCCUAAUGAACUUGUAUCUUGGAAUACAGUUUUGUAGUAAAAGAGUCGUUACUUGGUAUUUCACUAAAACAUCUUAGGAACUAGUCAAGAAAGACUUCCUCAUUUUUAACCUUUUUUGCAUUUCUUGUUGAAGUCUAGGUGAAAGACAGUUAAGCUAUCAGUUCACUAAAAUCUUUGUUUUUAAGUGUGUUAUCCUUUGAUUGUCUGAUACCAAAUUGCCUCAGUUUUGUUGUUUUCCCUUCAUGAUGCAACAAUAGUGGACACCGUGUCCCUGGGCACAGUUCUAUAAAAGUAGCAGGGGAGUAACAGGAAAUACAGGUUAACAAUCACUGAAUCAUAAUCCUGUGCUGGCUGCUGUGCUAAACAUUUUACUUGUAUUAAUACACUGGGCACUGAGGAUAUGAUUCCCAUUUUACAGAUGAGAUUCACAUCUCAACUCAGAACCACAAUUACUAACUGCCUCGAUCACAGUUAGUAAUUAGAGUAUGAACAUGAACCAUGCAGUCUGGCUUUAGAGCCCUCUUUCUCAGCCACUGUGCAACAUUGCCUCACAAACACUAGUUAAGAAUUGGUCUCCAAAGACUUAACUCUUGAUUUCAGUACAGCUCAUAUAGAGAGGUUUAGUGCUUUGGCUUUGUUUGGAUCAUAGCCAAUUUCAAAUCAUCAUUGUAUGCUCUCACACAAAUGAUUUAAAACAAUUCUGUAUAUUUCUGUUCUUCAUCUCUUACCAAGGCAGUAUCUAUAAUAUUAUGAGAUGUUUUAUCAAGCAUUACCAUCAGUGCCUAUCAUAUCAAACAGUUAAAGAUACUGUGUUUUUAUUUUUAUCAUCAGUUCUGUUCUAGUCUUUUGAUCUUUUGCUUGAUAAAGUUCUUACUAUGGCCUCGACUUACAAUUCUUACAGUAGAUAACACAGAUAGAAAUGUGUUGGAAUGUCUAUCAUGUAUGUAAUAUUCUGCUAGAAGUUUCAAAAGUGAGUAAGGUAGUUUCCUUCCAGGAACAUCACUACAUGGGGGUGAGGAAGACUAUGAGCAGCUAACGGUCUAUCAGUAAUGAAGCCAGGUGGACUUAAGGGUCUAAGACACUUAAGGGUGCUAGAGAAUACUUAGGUCAAAAGAUUUCUCCCCCAACGAGUUUAAUUUUUUCUCUCUCACGAUUAUCCAGACCAGCAAUUGAGUGGAUUCACACCUAAUUCAGGGAUAUGGAGUCCCUGUAGCGCCACAUCAAAAACCAUGUUCUUUAACUUUGUUAAUAAAAGAGGUGAUGUUUGAUGUCCUGACUUGACUUCUUUGUCUCAGUUGUCUUGGAUUCUGGAGGAAAAUACCGGAUGUUGUCGAGACAGCACCAAAUGUGCUGUUUUUCGGUAGACAUUUCUUUUACUUUCAAGACAUUAUCAUUAGGAAUGAUUACAUUUCUCACCGAAAUCAAGAUCUACUGGAAGUAACACUAGUCUGGCUGAAUCUGUUUCUAGUGCUGGUAAUUACUAAUUAUGGCUACUAUUUUAAAAAGGAAAGAGGACUUAAGAAUUCGAGAAAUGAUGAUUAGAGAGUAAAAUACACUGAUAAUUCUACCCUCCAUUUUGGUGUAUUUCAGUUA